AUGUCGCUUCGUUUUGAUGGAAAAGUUGCUAUUGUAACUGGUGCCGGUGGUGGUCUUGGAAAAACAUAUGCUUUAGAAUUGGCUAAACGUGGGGCUAAAGUUGUCGGUAAGAAAUUUAAAUUCUCCAAAAAUUUAUCAAUGUUUUUGCAGUUAAUGACUUGGGUGGUGAUCGACAUGGAACUUCUUCAUCAACAUCGAUGGCUGACAAAGUUGUUCAAGAGAUCAAAUCUGCUGGCGGACAAGCUGUCGCCAAUUAUGAUAGCGUUGAAUUCGGUGACAAAAUUGUGAAAACCGCAAUCGACAAUUUCGGAAGAAUCGAUAUUGUUAUUAACAAUGCCGGAAUUUUGAGAGAUGUAUCAUUUGUCAAAAUGACCGAUCUAGAUUGGGAUCUCAUUUUCAAAGUUCAUGUUAAAGGAGCUUAUUCAGUCACCAAGGCUGCUUGGCCAUAUAUGAGAGAUCAAAAAUACGGACGUAUUGUUGUCACUUCUUCAAAUGCUGGUGUUCACGGUAAUUUUGGACAAACCAAUUAUGCGGCGGCUAAAAGUGCUUUGAUUGGUUUUGCUAAUGCACUUGCUCAAGAAGGAGCCAAAUAUAAUAUUUUGGCCAACACACUUGUUCCAACUGCAGGAUCAAGACUUACUGAAACUGUUAUGCCACAGGUUUAUUUAAUAAUUUUGAUUUACUGAUUUGAAGUUGAAUUUUUCAGAAUCUUGUUGACGCUCUCAAGCCAGACUACGUUACCCCACUUGUCACAUACCUUGUCCACGAAUCAUUCCCAGAAUCUGGAAAAGUUUUCGAAGCCGGAGCUGGAUGGUAUGGAACUCUUCAAUACUACAAAUCAAAGGGAAAGGUCAUCCCAAAUGCCACCGCUGAUGAUAUCGCAAAGAACUGGAAUGUUCUUACUGACAUGAAUGGCGCCGAAUACAUUGGAACUAUGCAAGAACAAACUGGACGACUUUUGGCGGUUUUGGAAGAAACACCAGUCACAACAACAACAACUUCAACUGGAGGAUCAACAUUCCCAACCAAUGUGAAGAGUAGUGUUUUGUUCCAAGAAAUUGCUGAUGGAAUUAAGGAGGAUCCAGCUGCAGUCAAGGCUAUCAAAUCGAUUAUUUUGUACAGUAUUACUGAUGGAAAAACUGAACUAGCCAAAUUCAGUGAGUUACUGGAAUUUUCAAAUCAAACCUGGUCAUGAAAAUUUAGUUUACAGUAAAUCAAAAAUAUGGAAUUCCAGCAUGAAAAUAUUAAAAAAAUCUCAUUAUUUUUUCAGCUCUCGACUUCAAAUCUGCCACACCAUCAGUCUACCUUGGCGAUGUGAAAAACAGCGAAAAAGCCAACGCAACAGUCACUGUCGCUGAUAAUGAUUUUGUUGAUAUUGCCUCCGGCAAAAUCAAUGCUCAAAAAGCAUUCAUGGGUGGAAAACUAAAAGUGAAAGGAAACGUAAUGCUCUUACAAAAAUUGCAAUCAGUUCUCGAAAAGAAGAAGAAGGCCAAAUUGUAA